CUACCUGUGGUGGUGGUGGUGCUACCGGUGGUGGCGGUGGUGGAGGCGGUGGUCACCGCGUUGCCACGGCUGAGGAGCUUGCGCUGACGUUGACGCAGCUGCAGGGCGAGGGCUGGGAGCACGGCGAGGCGCUGGCCGCUCGCGCCAAGGCCCGCGAGGCGGCGGCCAUGGCGGCGCUGGACUGGGCGCGUAGCGGCCUGCGCCGGCUGGAGGCCUCCGACCACGUCCCUCCCAAGGAGGAGGCUCUUCGCUCCCAGCUGGUGGCCGCCCUCGGCGCCAUCGCCGAGCUGUCCGGCGAGUGCCGCCGGCUGGAGGCCGUGGAGCUGCCUCGCUCGCUGCGCCGGCUGUCCCCCGCUCAGGCGCUGCCCGCGGCCAUGGCGCUCCUCCGCCUCAGCCUGGCACAGCAUCGGCAGCUGGAGUCCAAGCAAGAGCUGGUGUCCGAACUGCUGGCCCAGCAGCUGGCACGCCUGGAGCUGCUGAGGGCUUGCUACGAGGUGGAGCGCCAGCGGGUGGCUCAGCUGGCGGCCCUGCUGGGCGGCCUCGUGCACGGCGGCCCGGCCCGUUGCGGCCUGCGGGCCGAGCGGGAGGCCCGGCGCCGGGGACGGCGUCGCCGGGGCGGCCGCUGCGGCGCCUGGGAGGAGCUGGAGCGCGGAGCGAGGGAGUUGGAGGCCCGUGUGGCGGAGCUCCACCAGGGGCUGGCUGAGGUCUCCCAGAGGAGGCUCAGGGAGGUGGCCAGGGCUGAGGCACGGGUGCUGGGCCUCUACAGGGAGCUCUACGGGGAGGACGUGGAGGGGGGUGGCACGGGUCCACAGCUCACGCCCCCGGUUCUGGCAGAGGAGAUGCGUCGUCUGGAGGAGGGCCUGCAGCUGCUGAACUCCGAGGUGCUCCAGGUGAUGGACCAGCGGCACCUCCACCAGCAGCAGCUGGCCGCCUCGCCGGCCAUGCGUCGCCAACGGGACCUCUACUCGCGCUUCCUGCUGCGGCCAAUGGGGGAGGGCGAGAAGGCGGAGGACUGA